GUUUGCUGAGCAUUAUGGUCACGAUGGUCCUCAUGAUCCGUUGAUUUUUUUGUACUUUCGUCAAGAGAUCAAGAAAGUUAAAUGUUAUUGUAUUAGUUAAGAAAAGUGACCUCAUUAAAAUGACAACAGGAACGUUUUACGUGGGUUCUCGGCUGUUGGAGCCCCUUUGUGCAGUUAUACCCUUGCCAAUCGAUCAGCUGAAUUUUCUUGUUUGUCAACUGUUCUCAAUGUGGUUUGGACAUAUAUUUCGAACAAAGAUGUCACCCAAAACUAUUCCGUCAUACUAUCGACAUAUUACAGAAAUUGUUGUGGGACUUGGACUGUCCUACUUCUGUUUUGGAUAUCAAAUGUUACACAUGUUUGCACAGAGUACAAUGUGUUAUGCCUUGAUGAAGUAUGGACCACAGUCCAGCAGACAUCUAAUGGUGUUUGUGGUGGGUCUGGGAUAUGUUUGUGUGUGUCAUAUAUAUAGACAGUACUAUGACUAUGGUGGAUAUACAAUGGAUGUAACAAGCCCAUUAAUGAUAAUAGCAGAAAAAGUCUCCAGUUUAGCCUGGGCCUUGCAUGAUGGGAGUGUUCCUGAAGAAACAUUAAGUAGCGAUCAAAAGGCAGAGAAAAUCAAAGAAUUACCUCAGCCUGUGACAUUCUACAGUUAUAUAUUUUGUUUUCAUGGAUUUAUGAUAGGACCUCUUGUCUUCUUCUCUGAGUAUCGAGACUUUAUAGAUGGAACAAAUUAUGAUAAGCCAAAUCCAUCCAAAGUUUCAAAUGGAACAAAAGAUGAUGUUGAGUCUCCAUCUCCAAAGGAUGCUGUGAUUAAGAAGUGUAUACAAGCUGCUAUUUUCAGUGUUCUAAUGGUUGUGACGCCAAAGAUUGUACCUUAUGACUACAUGUUUACUGAUGAAUAUCUAUAUGAGUCUACAUUUAUAUAUCGUAUGCUUUAUAUGUUAGUAUCUGUGACUAUGAUUAGAAGUAAAUACUACACAGCUUUCUUAUUAAGUGAAGCAGUAAAUAAUGUUGCAGGGUUAGGAUUUAAUGGUUAUGACAGUAAUGGUGAACUAAAAUGGGAUUUACUAAAUAAUGUUAAUAUAUGGACAUUAGAGACUUGCACUAGUAUGAAAGUGAAUAUAGAUAGUUGGAAUAUAAGAACAGCCUUAUGGUUACGUCGCUGUGUCUAUGAUAGAGUACCUAGGAAGUAUGGCGUAUGGCCUGUAUUUCUAGUUACUUCUCUGUGGCAUGGUUUUUAUCCAGGAUAUUACAUCACAUUUUUGUCUGCAGCAUUUGUCAUAACAGCAGGGAGACUAAUCAGAAGAAAUAUACGACCAAAAUUUCAAACAGAUGAGACAUUAAAACAGAUUUAUGAAGUGAUAACAUUCAUAGGAACCAGAUUUGCUAAUGUUUAUCUAUGUGCUCCACACUGUUUAUUAGAGUUUAUGCCAAAUCUUAGAUUAUACUGGUCACAAUACUUCAUUGUCCAUGUAGUAAGUGCAGCACCGGUUGUAUAUUAUACAUAUAUAAACCCACCAAAGAAGGACAAAGUAGAAAAAUCCCAAUAACAGAAAGAUGUCUGAAAUUAAUGUGAAUGUAUUAUGCUACAAAUUUUAACCAUGCUGAACAAUGUAUAGAGUUGAUAGUGUUGAUUAAAAAUCUGCUGUUAUUUUAAGUGCAAGUUUACAUUAAAUCUAUUGAUUCAUUGUUUUGAAAUAGCAAAAGUGUGUGCAUGUCUUCUAUAAGAUUUGUAAAGGUUGUCAUGAAAUUAACCAUUUUUAAAGGGUUUAAACUAAAGUUAAAUCUGCUAUUUUAUAAGUGCAUGUUUACAUUAAAUAGUAGUUGGUUCACUGUUUCAACCUACCAAAUUGUGAGCAUAUCUUCUUUAAGAUUUGUAAAGGUUGUUAUGAAAGUUAAAAGUGUGAUAUAUACAUGUACUAAUAUAAAUUGUGUUGUUUUCUACAAACAAUAUGUUAAGAGUAUUGAUUUAAAACUGGAACACAAAGAACAUUGACUAGAAAGUUUUAAGUUUUUAAAAUCCAAGGAAAAAGUAUGUGCACUAAAUAUUUAUACCAAAUGAAAUAUGAUUUUGAUUGUAAACUUGUAAUUCUUUGUUUUACCAGUCUACACUGUGAUAUAUUUUAAGUGUGUGAUAUAUUUCUUUGCCUGUGAAUGUUGAUACGGAAUGUAUUUUAUGUAUGUUAAUAGAAAUACACAACAAAAUUAUAACCAAUUACUAAAUAGUACUUAAAAAAAAAUCAGGUGUGUCAUCUUUCAUUAUUUUAUCAUGUUUAUAUAGAUAUCAAGUAAGUAUGGAAAAAUAAUUCAAUUUUUUUAAUAAUACAAUAUCUAAUAUAAUAUUUAAGUCAGGUGAGUUCUCUCUAUUUAAGCAAUUACAGGUCACUUUUCGGUAUUUCUGCACUUUUUGACAAGACAAGUAUGUAAUUAGAAAACAGCCUAGUCUAGAAAAAUUUUUAGACAUCACAAAACUUAUCUUGGAUUUGUUAUCAGUAAUUGUUAUUAAUCGAUCUAAGCAAAUCAUGUACAAUUUUAAUAGUAUGCCCCUGGUGCUAGGAGGAGGGGGUAUUAAGGUUUACAGUUGUAUGUCUGUUUUUACAUCCCAAAUUGAUUUCCUUUACUUGACUUCCUUUACCAAAUGUUAUGAAAUUUAUACACAAUGUUGAAAACCACCAAGAUCUAUUUUGAAUUUGGGUGCCGUCUCUUUCACGGUUCUUAAGUUAUGUCCCUUUAUAAAUGAAAAAAAAUGAUUGAAUUUGCGGUAUAUUUACAAGUGGGGCAUCUGUGUCCCAUGGACACAUUCUUUGUUUAUUUAUUCUGUGCUCAACUUUUUUUAUGAAGAUCAAGAGGCCUUUCAAACAUACAAAUGAUAAUGCAAAAAAAAUUCAAUGUCUUUUUUUAAUUGAUACAUCAUGAAAGAAAUAUAUUGCUUAGGGCAGUAUGUUAACCUAUAGGGGCUUAAAUCCACAUCAUUUGGUUUUCGGUAGAUAGUUGUCUCAUUAUCUCCUUAUUUUAUAUUGCUUUAAUUACUGAAAAUUAUACAAGUAUACAAACUGUGUCAGUUAUCAUAAUACACUACCAACAGUUUAGAUAAAAAAUUUUACCCAUAUUUCUUUAAAAUUUAUAUUUCUGAUAUUGUAAUAUCUUUUAUGUGCAAUCAGUAUUUUAUCUUGAUAUUAUAGCAUGUUUUAGCAUUUGAAAGCUACAUCAUUAUUCCAGAAUAUAGGUGUAGUCUUCUUGAGUUUUAGCUAGUGAAAAACAAGUUUUAAACAAUUAUGAGAUUCACAGAUAUUUGGAAUUUUAUUUUUUGUUAUUUAUGCCAAAAUCUGGAAUUUAUAUCUUUUGCCAGACUUUGUCAGGAGAUCACAUAAAAGGAUUUAACUGAUCAAUAUAACCCAAUAUUUUCCUAAUAGCAUUAUAAAUAUUCAAGUGCAAUAAAAAAGGUAAUGAACUUUCAUAAAUAGAAAAUGAAAUAUUAAACAUGUCUGGUAAGCAAAGACUUUUUAGAGUAACAAGUAAAAAGAUAGUUACAGAAAAUAUCCAGUACUCAUAAUUAACAAAAUUUAGCAAUGUAAAACAUUUGAAGAAACCCAUCUGGACCUUUGCAAUAAAAGAAUGAGAGAAUGGUUAAUGUUUUAUUCUUAUCUUAGAUGUUUAUAAAAAUGGUAGAGAUCUAAGGUGCUCCAGAAAGGUAAUAUGUUUCUAAAGUUUAAGCAAAAAUUGGAUUCUCUCAUCUAAACCACUUUGUGCUCUCAGUUAUGUCUUGUUCUAUAUUGUCUGCACUUGUUAAUGUAACUGUAUUUUGAUAUUACCUCAACAUGUUCACUUUGUAUCAUUAUAUAAUUCUUGUAUGAUUUGCAUAUUAGGGAAUACGUUUAUAUGAUUAGUCGAGAGGGUUUCCGGUAGUAGCUCUUGAAGAUAUAUAUAUUUCGAUAGACGACAUUGACGGAACUACUAUUUGUAACCAAUGUAAAUGAGAUGGCGGCAAUAAAUAACACAAACCAGCUCGACGUUAAAAUUUAUUUUUUUCACUUCAAAUAGCAAAUUUUAUUGAGUUCAUGGUUUUGUUUUAACCAAAGAAUAUAUUCAUGUACCAGGCGAAUUCAAUGAAACAAAUAUACAAUUUACAUGUGAUAGAGUUUCCUUAUCUCCAAUUUUAAAGAAUUAUAAGGAUUAAACACAUUUUUGAAGGAAUUUAUUGGUGUAUAAACUGGACCAAGUCACUCACAAACAUAUCAUAAAAAUCCUUCAGAAUUUUGUUUGUGAGUGAAUUGGUCCAGUUUUUACACCAAUAUAUUCCUUUAAAAAGGCGUUAAUCCUAUAAUAAUGUUUUUGUCCUGCUGGUAUAUCAUUGCUUCUAAAGUUAGUACAAUGGUUCUUCAGAAUGAAGCAUAUAUAUAUUAAAAAUUUUUGAAAUAAAUUCAGUAAAGACACAUUCCAGUUACAGCGCUUUCUGCCAUAUUUGGCUCAGACAGAAAUUGAUUGAAUAAAUGUUGUCUGUAACAACAAUUAUUCUAAGUGACUUUAACAUCAUAGAAAUGUCCAGAAGUGUAAUAUUAAGGAAUAUACCUAACGAAACAAAUUACUUUUCUGUUAAGUUUCAGAUAAAGUAAUUUGAUAAAAUGAUUUCUUUGGCUCUCUGUAUAAUUGAAUUGUCCUUCCAAAUUUUUGUUUUUGUAUUUUCACACGGUUAAUCAGUCUCUCGGUUUCUCUGACUUAGAAUUCAUUAUAGAUUAGACAUAUUGCACAGUAAAUGAGAUUCAGCAAUUUGCAAUUCAUGCUUGAAUUCAGUUUAAGAAUUUUCCCUGAUAUUUGGCAAAUAUUGUCACCUUCCUCAAUAUUAUCACACGUUUGGCUCCAGAGUUUGUGGCCUGUUAUGAAUUUUUCAAGUUGUAGUUAUGCCUGUAAAUUGAAUAACAACAUGGCCUGGUAAGUGCUCAAAUUGAAUUUGAUUUUGAAUUGGAAUAAAAAAUUAUUUAUGAAUAAUAAUUCAGGUGAAUUUGAAAAUACUGGUCUUCAAUUUUGUUAGAGGUAUUCCGGUUAAACUAGUUUGAAAGUUUGUGACAGCAGGAGAUUUGGAAAGCAGUUCUUAUACAUACACACACACAUAGUUUUAUGUACAAUACAUUUCUGAUAAACUUUAUAUGCCCCCGCCAUAGCAGUGGGGGCAUUAAGUGUUACCCUUGUCCGUCUGUACGUCCGUUCGUACGUCCAAAAAAUUGGUUUCCGUUUUCUAACUUGAGUUUACCUCAACCAAUAUUAUGAAACUUAUACACAAUGCUUAUUACCACAAAACACAGAUCAAGUUUGAAUUUUGGUAGUGUCACUUUAACCGUUCUAGAGUGAUGCCCCUUUAUAAAUGGAAAAAUUGCAAAAUUUUUAGUUUCCGUUCUCUAACUUAAGUUUGCCUCAACCAAAUGUUACAAAACUUAUACACAAUGCUUAUAACCACAAAAUUUUGGUGGCGUCACUUUAACAGUUCUAGAGUUAUGUCUCUUUAUAAAUGGAAAAAUUGCAAAAAAAAUUAUUGUCUUCUCAAUAUCAAGUAAUUUUUAAAAUUGGAGUUAUCUUCCUUUGUCCAUGAUUAUAGUCUUAUCAACUACAAUCAAUGCUUUAUACAAUGCAAUGUUUAAUUUUGACUUCCACUGAUAAAACACAGAUCAAGUUGAAUUUGGGUAGUGUCACUUUAACCAUUAUUGAGUUAUGCCCCUUUAUAAAUAGAAAGAUUGCAAAAUUUUUAGUUUCUAUUCUGUAACUUAAGUUUGCCCAAACCAAACAUUAUGAAACCUAUACACAAUAUUUAUUACCACAAAACUAAGAUCAAGUACAAUUUUUUUGUUUCCUUUUUCUAACUUUAGUUUGCCUAAACCAAAUGUUAUGAAACUUAUACACAAUGCUUAUUACUACAUAAUGCAGAUUAAGUACGGUAUGAAAUUUGGUGGCGACACUUUUACCAUUCUUGAGUUAUGUCCAUUUAUAAACAUAAAAAUUGCUGAAUUUUUCGUUUCCGUUCUCUAACUUAAGUUUGUCUCAACCAAAUGUUAUAAAACUUAUACACAACCGUUCUAGAGUUAUGCGUGUUUACAAAUAGAAAAAUUGCUGAAUUUUUAGUUUCUGUUCUCUACUUAAGUUAGCCUCAACCAAAUGUUAUGAGACUUUCACACAAUGCUUAUUACCACAAAACUCAGAUCAAGUUCAAAUUUGGGUAGCGUCACUUUUACCGUUCUUCAGUUAUGUCCCUUUAUAAUUAUAUGAUAUGCAAGCGGGGGCAUCAUCUGUGUCCACAUGUGGACACUAUCCACAUUUAUUUUUUUAAACCUGUGGUUUUGGUUAAUAUGUUCAACAGGCAAAAAAAAGUUGUGAAAAUAAUAGGACAAUUAUGUGUUUAGAUUAUAUUUAUUUUCAUUUUUUUUUUAAGUUUACCUGGUAUUGUAUUUGUAAACAUGAACUAGAUUGACAAGUUAUAAUAAUCCCUUCAAGAUUGACUCCACCGAAGAAAAAAAAAUCCCAUUUGAAAAUAAACAGAUAUCUGUAUGUGAUAAAAUGAUUUUUUUGUUUUGCUGUUCCAGGUGGGAAAGUCUUAUUUAAUUGGUUAAUUAAAUAUCGUGUAUCUUGUACAUACAUUUUAUUUUUCAAUAUUGUCAAAAGUAAAAAAAUGUAACUCUUGUUUGUUAUAAUUUCAGCUUUUGAUGAAAAAUAUAAUCAUAUUAUUUUGCUAUUCUUUGAAUAUUUUCAUUUGUUAGAAUAUAAAACGAGAAUAUGCAUUUUUUUGUGUGAAAAUGUUUUUUUUUAUUUUUGGUUUUAAGAUUUUGCUCAAGUGUUUUUCAUUCCUCUUUGUUUGUGCUGUUCUUGAUUGUUACACUUUAAUGCAAUAUAGAUCUAUUGUUAAGAACAAGUAUUUCAACCCUUACUGGACUGGUUUAAUUGAACUUAAAUUCAAUAUAGAUCUAUUGUUAAGAACAAAUAUUUCAACCCUUACUGGACUGGUUUAAUUGAACUUAAAUUCAAUAUAGAUCUAUUGUUAAGAACAAAUAUUUCAACCCUUACUGGACUGGUUUAAUUGAACUUAAAUGCAAUAUAGAUCUUUUGUUAAGAACAAAUAUUUCAACCCUUACUGGACUGGUUUAAUUGCACACAUACCAAAGAGCUCAGUUAUGCAGUGUUUUUGUGAGGGAUUUGAGUGGAGGCACUUUGAAAAAACCACAACCACCCACAGUAUAAAAUUUUGGAAGUCUAAAGGGCUUCUAGCCAAAUAAAUUGGUUUUUUUUUUCUAUGUAUGAACAAAAUAUAAUCCAUGAUAUGCAUAUUGUUUCUUUGAUACUGAAAUAAGAUAGCUUUAGUAUCAUCUCUCAAAUAAGUCAUUUUUGAAGUUUUUGGAAUUUUCAUCAAAUGCAAAUGACGCACUAAAUAUAUUUGCGAUUAUAAACAGAAUGUUAUUUGACAUUUAAAGGAUAUUAUUUGAUAAAUUUAAUGAUUAUCGUAAUUUUUUAUGUCAAUGGGACAGAUUAUUAUUAUUAAUAUUUUUUUAUUGAAAAAAAUGUAGAAAAUUUACAAUUCAUUCAUAAUUUGGAAAUUAUAUUUCAUGGAAUCCAUAUAAAGGGAAAAUUAUAUCAGCUUUUGUGUGAUAAUUAGCAUACUUUGUAAAAAAAAAACGAUGUGAUAUUUUGGCCUUGAGCAUCAUUGUAAAGGCAUUUAUUGUCAAUGGAUCUGGUGCAGUAAAAUUGGAACUGUUAAAUUUAUUAGUAAGUGUGCAGAGAUUAUAUAUUUUUGUGAUGUAUGCAUGGGUUCUUCUGUGAAUCAGAGGGCAUUUUAUGUGAAAGUAUAAAUGAUUUAAUAUAUUAUCAAUAAUAAUUAGACAUUAAGAACCCAAACAAACAUGAAAUAACUGCAUUUUCUCUCAGCAAGUUUUCAACACAAUAACAGACCACUUUUGACUGUAUAUACUGAUCAAAGAUACAUGGCCUUGUGGUCAUUAAACUUUUGAGUACGAUUGUUGUACUCAGACUCAGAAACCAACCAAUGAAAACACUGGAUUGAGUGUUUCAAGCACAAAUUUUGUAUUCGGAGUACUGAGUAAAUUUUUAUGACCGAGAGCCCAGGCUUAUAAUUUGGAAUGUAGAAUCACUGCUCAUAUAAAAAUAGUGUUUUUUUUAUACGAUUUAAAUGCCAAAACCUGCAACUUUUAUUGAUGAAUGAUAACACCUCUUUGUAAAUAUAUUUCAGUGUAUUGUUUUUACAUAUUUUUUUUAUGAACAAUAUUAUCAUAUAAUGUGGAGAUUAUAAACAUCUUUUUUUGUGGUAUAGAACAGCAUUAAGGGAGAAUGUAGAGAUAAUUAUACAACGUUGUAAUUUCCAAGUACUGUAAACCAACUUAUUUUUGAAACUUUCAUGAAUAGAAAAAUAAUGGUAAUGUAAACUGUAAAGACUACUAUAUAAAAUUGGGUCCUUCCCUUACAUUAAUACAUCAAGUCAUUAAGAACCCCCCCCCCUCCAAAAAAAAAAGCUGCAAUUAAUGUUGUCCAAAAAGGUUUUAACACAAAAUAAAGUAUUCAGGAAAAUAAGUUGGUUUUACAGUGUUGAUUAUUAAAAUGUAUAGUUACAUAAAUCUUUUGAUCAGAAAUCAUUAAUCUUUUCUUAAAUUUAGUUCAAAUUAGCUGACAGGCAAACAAAUAAUUCAAAACAAGGAUAAUAUUUUGUAAUAAAGAGAAAUUACAAAAAAUACUGUGUAUCUUGUUGUUUCAUCCAAAAUGCAUCAAUCUCCCCAACAACAUAAUUUGAAUAUAAGGAUUCAAAAAGAAAUAUAUGAUAUCAUCUAAAUACAUCAAUCUGUCCAACAACAUAUUUAAAUUUGAAGAAUCAAAUAGUAAUAUUACGUAUUCUUUACUGUUAGCAGUCAUCCACAAAUACACCAAACUUUCCUUAACUGUCUCCUGUCAGGUAAUUGUUCUGUUGCUGUGAAGAAUUCUUUAAGUAUAGGUUUUGUGCCAUGAUUACAGUUGUGACAAAAAAAUGCAAAAAUCUCUCAAACCUUACAAGCUUCAGAUUUAUACUCUUUAACAUUUAAAGUACAGAUGUUAACAAUUGUACUUGGUCUUCAAUAAUGAUCACUGGAUUUUUAUACGACCGCAAAAUUCUUAUAUUGAUAUGAUGUUGGCUUCGUCGGCGUCGUCUGAAGACACAUUGGUUUUUGCACUUUAACUUUAGUUAAAGUGAAUGGAUCUCUAUGAAAUUUUACCAUAAGGUUCAAUACCACAAAAGGAAGGUUUGGGAUUGAUUUUGGGGGUUAUGGUACCAACAGUUAAGGAAUUAGGGGCAAAAAAUAAGCAUUUUUGUAACUUCCAGACAUAACUUGUGUGUUAGUGUAUGGAUCUCUCUGAAAUUGUACUGCAAGGUACCAUACAACAAAGGAAAGGCUGGGAUUGAUUUUGGGGGUAAUUGCCUCAAAAUUUUAGGAAUUAGGGGCCAAAAAGGGGCCUAAAAACAAACAUUUUUCUAGUUUCCAGACAAUAACUUGUUUUCAAGUGUAUGGAUCUCUCUGAAAUUGUACUGCAAGGUACCAUACCACAAAGGGAAGGCUGGGAUUGAGUUUGGGAUUGAUGAAUCAUAAGGGGGUUCAAAAAAUUUGGGGGAGGGAUUUUUUUUUUUCUUUAAAAUUUUCCAUUUUAAAUUGGUUAUUUCUGAUUUAUACAUAAAAGCAAGUAACAAUGAUAUGGUUUGAAUAGGUAAAUUAAAAAAAAUUAAGUUCUUAGACCACAUUCAUUCUGUGUCAGAAACCUAUGCUGUGUCAAAUAUUUAAUUACAAUCCAAAUUCAGUGCUGUAUCAAGCUUGAAUGUUGUGUCCAUACUUGCCCCAACUGUUCAGGGUUCGACCUCUGCGGUCGUAUCAAGCUUUGCCCAGGGAGCAUUUUAUUCCUUUUGUUUUCUUGUACGUUUUCAGUAAAGAUCACUGGUUUUGUCCUUUUUUCCCAUUCUUGUAUGCUUCAAUUCAAUAUAAUCACAGACAAAAAAAUACAAAAUAGAAAAGUUUUAGAUAUUUGGGGAAAGUGUACUUUUAAAAUUUAUUUUUUUUAUCACUGUCUGUGAUUGAAGGAACUAUGCAUUACAAAAUGUACAUAAUUAGCAGUGUUGAAUUAUUUUCACUGCAUAUUUUUUUACAAAAUGCAAUUGUUGAAAAAUACCAUACCAUUACAGUUAAUGAUAACAUUAUGUUAAUUGAUAAGAUGGAUCAGAUUAUGGUACCAUACCAUUACAGAUGGGCAUAGGACAUUUGAGUGAAAAUAAAAAAUGCACAUAGGGUCAUUUGAGCGCCGACAUCAUAGGAAAUUUUAGCACCUGAAUAUUAGCAUUACCUAGAUUUUCAAAUAGGACGUUUGAGCGAAAUUUCCUGUGAUACUUUUAUAUGAAUUAAGAUAAAUUUUAAAAAGUAUAAGAAAAAAGAGUAAGUUUAUAAAAUAAGAAAUAUAUUUUAUUUGAUUUUACACCCCUACUUACCAAUCGAUUCUAUAAUUCAUUGGCUCUGCAAAUUUUUUUGUGUGCUACAUUUCUUAUAUUUAUAAGGUGAAAUAUCCCUUGGCACUUAAGAUCCUAAUACUAAUACAUGUACAUGUUAAAAUGGAUAUAAUUUUGACCGAGACUAACAAAGGAAAAAAGAUAUCAAUUUCAUGCCCGAACUGACUUGUAAAUAAUGCCAUUGUCAAGUUUUAAGUUUUAUGACAGUGCUUUGUUUUUUUACAAUUAAAAGAUUUUUUAAACUUUGAACGUUAUAAACUUCACAUUUUAUUAACUAUAUCCUAUUAGAAAUUCUACUUUCACCUCCCUGUGGUGAGCAGGGGUAAGAGAAUAUAUCUGGCGAAAGGAAGAGGUACUCCUUCAUUAUUUUUUUUGCUCAAAUGUCCUAAACUUUGGCGCUCAAACAUUCUUUUUUCAGCGCUCAAAUGUCCUGCCAUUUCGCUCAAAUAUCCAUUGCCAUUACAGAUAAUGAUAACAUUAUGUUAAUUGAGAAGAUGGGUCAGAUUAUGGUACCAUAUAUAGCUAAAGUGUGUUUGUUUGUUGGCAUGUGUUUGUAAAGUUUGCUUUAAAUUAAACCAUUUUGUAUGUAACUUACUGUUCUAUGUGAACAGUGUGUCAAAAAAUUCCUAUUUUGCUCUUCAUGUUGAAUAACUUUUUUUAUGAGUUGAAUCUAUUUAUUUAUUUUAGCUGUAUAAUAAAGUAUUCACAAAUA